AUGAGCUUCAUCCUCCGUUCGCCAGCGCUAUCCAAGCUCCCGCGAACUCUUAACUCUUCCAUCAAGACCCCAUUUCGCCAACUCAACAGCACAUCUCUUCCUCCUAUACAGAACCGCCCGAAGCGCAAUAUGUCGUCGAAGACCUCCAAACCCGCAGCCGUCGACACCUCCCUCCAAGGCUCCCCCACUGGCGCCGCCGCCUCUUUCGCCUCCUCCCACUCCUCCGACCACCCCCUCAAGCUCUACGGCGGGUGGUUCUGUCCCUUCGUGCAGCGAGUAUGGAUCACCCUCGCCGAGAAGAACAUCCCACACCAAUACAUCGAAAUCAACCCCUACCACAAAGCGCCCGAGUUCCUCGCACUCAACCCACGGGGGCUGGUCCCCACUCUCGCCGUGCCCACGGUAACCGAUCCAAAAACAGGAAAAGUGAAGGAAGUCAAGCCGCUGUACGAGAGUCUGGUGCUUUGCGAGUAUCUAGAUGAAGCCUACGCAGACCCCAACCAAUAUGGCGAGCGCCUGCUCCCGCAAGAAGAUGCCUACGAAAGAGCUAGAUGCCGUCUCUGGAUCGACCACAUCUCCUCGCGAAUCGUCCCGUCUUUCUACCGCUUCAUCCAGCACACGCCCGACAAGGCGUACACGAUCGAAGAGAUCCGGGCAGAGUUUCAUGGUCACCUGAAAGCGUUUGCGAAGGAAAUGCUUUCAUGCCUUUCUUAUCCGGGACCAUUCUUCCUAGGCAACAAGUUCAGUCUGGUAGACAUUAUGCUAGCACCCUGGGCCAAACGGUUGUUCCUGAUUGAUCACUAUAAACCUGGUGGAGUGGGGAUUCCGUCCACCAAGGAACAAAGGGGAGAAGAUGAGGAGGUGUGGAAGAGGUGGGAAGAGUGGUACAAUGCCGUUGUCCAAAGGGAGAGUGUCAAGAAGACGUGGAGUGAUGACGAACAAUAUGUGGGUGCGUAUAAGAGGUAUGCGGAGGAUACGACACAGAGUGAGGUGGGGAAGGCGACGAGGAGUGGGAGGAGUUUGCCUUGA